AUGUUGGGUUCUGCAGCAAAUGCUUUGAUGCAAGGUUCGCAAAAUUAUCAAGGCUUUGCAAAAAUUGGUGAAGUUUUACAUUUAGACGGACCUCGCAUUUCUUUAGAAGCAUUAUCCACAGCGGUAAGUCAUCUCCAACGUCGUCAUCCUGUUCUUCGUAGUCGUCUUCAGAUUAAUCCUGAAAAGCCAAACAGUUACCUUCUCGAAGAAGAUGAUACACUUCAGCUUAAAAUUCGAGAAAUCUCUCGAAAACGUGCCGAUCAUCUGACAUAUUGGCGUCGAGAAUGGCGAGAGCGAGAAAAAGAAACAGUUGCCAUCGGUGAAGGACUUGCCGAAUUUUGGCUAUUGUAG